GAUCACUAUGGUAGAAAAAAAAAUAUAACAAGAGUUGUCACAAUCUGUUUUGACAGCUAUAAACUAACAAAAUUUUCCUUACUCUUAAGAUAAUAUCGUUAAAAAAGUAUGUCUAAAUCGGGAAAAUCGACCGUAGAGAAUAAGCACGCGAAUAAUCCGGCAGCAGAAAACAUAAAAUGUUCUCAAGUUAACACUACGAGUGGCGUCACAAAUGAAAAGAACUUAGCGAGUACGAGUAAAUGUAUUAGUAAUAAUAAAAAACGGUCCCCAAAACGUAUGCAGUCAACUCAUUCGGACGGCACAUUGAUUAAAACUGCCGUCAACGUAGAAAAUAACGUCGGUCUUAAACAAAAAUUGGUAAAUAAAGAUAAAUUGUGGAAUAGUAAAGAGAAACGAGUAGCACGUACCAAAAUAACUAAGGAAUCUUCACCAAAUUUGGCUAGCGAUUUAGAAGGGCUCACAUUAACACCGGAUGCUUCUGAGGAUAACCUUUUUAAAUCCGAUUGGUUAAAAGCAAGGGAUAGCCUAGAAAAUCUAUUAAGCACCAGAAGCGAAAAAAGUGAAAUCGUUAAUUCAAAAUCAACACAUUUUCCAUCAUCCGAAAAGCCGAUUCUUAAUGAAUCCCCAUGCUCCGAAUCACAAAUCGGCGGCAAUAAGGCUAUGAACUCAGUCACUAAGGUUUUAGCUUGGGAUCCGUGGGACAAACUGGGGCGCAAAAAUAAAAAAGAAACUAAGCGAAGAAAACGCGAAAAAACGCCAUCGGACAACAACGUAACUCCGACAAGUAAGGACCACACUUCCGGUGACGAAAUAAGAAAUGGAGAGGCAUCGAAUCACCUAGCACAAGAGAACCCAUCCGUGCAGGAUGGAGAAGACUACCUUCAAAAUUACGAAUAUCAACCUUAUCACAAAAAUUCAAAAGCCGUGGAAUUUAUUAACCAAGUGAUGGUAGUUUACAUAACGGGUGAUGAAGUUGUCGGUGAAUCAACGGAACCACUUAAAAAAGAAUUGGAUCAGCAAAUUCGUAACAAGGAGAUGCGAAAAGGUCAUUAUCCAGCCACGCUUUUCAGUCGUCGAAAGGUUGAUGAAGAUUAUAUGUCCGCAUGGAUAAAAAAGUAAGAUGUGUGAUUAUGUGAAGAAAUAUAAGUGUGUCAAGAAAAAAAAAUAAAGUGAUGCUACUUCUAUUUUUCCAGUA